ACCUUUUACUUUGAAACCCUAAACUUUACAUAUCAUCACUUUACACUGUGACACGACACGCUAUCUCUACUUUCCAUUCUCACUUUUUCUCGCGAGAAAGAAGUCGAAUUGGAAUGGCCUCGCUCGUCUGCGCUGAGCUUCCCUCCAUGAUCUCCUCAAUUACUCUCCACAGAUUCCAAGCUUUCGGGAGCUCCAGAACGAAUCUAGCUCUUCCCAGGCAAAUCUCCGCUCAGGUAUCUUCCAUUGGUAAGGAAAGUAGCAAAUGCGACGAGAUCCCAACCAGCGCUGCCGCUGAGAAGCGAGAUCCGGCACCUAAUUCUCCACCACUCCAACACCUCAAGCCGAUGAUCGCCACCAAGCUGUCCGAGCUGAGCAAAUUCCUCUUCUCCACCCGGAAGAAAGGGGACCUGACCGAUGUUCUUCUGAUGAGCAUCUCCAUGGCCGUGUUCGUUUAUAUAUCCCAGCAGCUCGUCUGUGUCUACUGCCUACUUCGUCACCAUCACUUCGACCUCUUCUAGUUCGAUCUGGAAGGAGAUCGAUAGAUCUACAGCUGCGCCUCUUGUAUAUAACAAAGUAAUCUAGAAAAACUAUACUCA